CCCCCCAUCCCACCACAUAGCCAGUUGUCCCCUGCCCUCGCGGAUGCCCGCGGAACCCGUCUUCUUCAUCUACCCUCGGGAGGUCAGAGCCCUCGCCUCUACUCCUGGACGCCCCGAGGCGGGCGACAUCUGCACAUCUGAGCCGUCGGAGAUCCAGUAUCCGCGGGAGUAGGUCCACUAGCAGCUCAGCCCUUCCAGGUGAUGGUGCGCGGCCACUGCGGCCCCUGGCGCGCAGGUGUGUGCUCCCCAAACUGGGCCGGUGUGGGGGCUUUGGGCAAUGCACUGGCAGCCUAGGAAGCUGCGGAAACCAAACCCUGCACCUCCCGGAAGCCUCGGUGCCCGCCAUCACUAGGGGCUUCUGAAAGCCGUUCCAGACAGAAUUGUCUCUGAGAGGGAGACGGGGAGAUCUACGAAACUGAUGAAGGAGCCUCCGGCUUUAAGCUGAGCAGGAAAAAAAAUGGGCCCCUGAGGCUCGCUCGUGGGGCCCCAGGAUGCCACAGGCCAUGCCCGGCUGGCCCCAGCCCCCAGCCGGCCGCUUCCCACCCUGCGCAGCAUGAGUUACUUCCUGUCUUACUGCAAAGCUCAUGGCAGCGCGCUGCUCACUGGCUACCAGGCCCUGCGCGCCGAGGGCUUCCUGUGCGACGUGACUUUGGAAGCCCAGGGCAGCGAGUUCCAGGUGCACAGGUCCCUCCUCGCGUGUUCCAGCGACUACUUCAGGGCCCUGUUCAAGAGCCACACCCUGGAAUCCCGGGCACGCGUGAUUCACCUGCAUGUGCCGUCGGCCACCGGCCUGCAGCGCCUGCUGGACUUCAUUUACACCGCCUGGCUGCCGCUGUCCAUGGACACCGUGGAGGACACGCUGGAGGCCGCCAGCUACCUGCAGGUCACCGAGGCCCUGGGCCUGUGUGGCCGCUACUUGGAGCGCCUGCUGGCUCCGGAGAACUGCUGCUUCGCUGCCAAUGUGGCGGCGCGUUUCGGCCUGGGGCACACGCUGGACACGGCCGAGCGCUACAUCGUGCGCCACCUGCGGCAGCUGUUGGCGCGGGGAGCGGGCCCCGUGGGUCUGCUGGAGCUCAACCCCACGUCGCUGAGGGCCGUGCUGGGUGCCCCCGACGUGGCGCGGGUGCCUGAGGCCCAGCUGCUGGGCCUGGCGCUGGCCUGGCUGCGACAGGAGCCCAAGGCCGAGCGCCUGGCCCACUGCGCCGCGCUGCUGGAGCGCAUCCGCUUCGGCCUGGUCCCUGUGGACGUGCUGCGGCCCGUGUACUCGGGCUCCGGCCUCGUGCUGCCCGCUCGAGUCAAAGGCCUCAUCAUCCAGGCCCUCAACUACCAUACAGCGCCCUCCCGCCAGCCACUCUUGCAGGGCGACCAGACCAGCGUCCGGAGCCCGCAAACCCGCAUCUUACUGGUCGGGGGGUGCAGGGUGCGGGAGGCGGUGACUGAAGAGGUCAUGGUCCCCCAAGGGGCAGCCAGGGGUAGGGGCGCCGCAGCGGAGCCGGAGGAGGAGGUGGAGGAGGAAGGAGAGCAGGUGGAGGAGGGAGAGGAGGACGAGGACUGGGAGCUCACCCAGGACGUGGUGGCCUUUGAUGUGUACAACCACAGCUGGCGCAGCCUCACGCAGCUCCCCGCACCGCUCUUGGGGCACAGCGUGUGCGCAGUUGGGAACUUCCUGUUCGUCCUGGGAGGGGAGAGCCCUUCCGGCGGAAGUGCCUCCUCUCCCCAGGCCGCUGGCCUGCGGGAGGUCACUGCCCAAGUGCACCGUUAUGACCCGCGCUUCCACGCUUGGACGGUGGUGCCCGCGAUGCGGGAGGCGCGGGCCCACUUCUGGUGCGGCGCCGUGGGCGAGGGGCUGCUGGCCGUCGGGGGCCUGGGCGCAGGCGGCGAGGCGCUGGCCUCGGUGGAGAUGUACGACUUGCGCCGGGACCGCUGGACCGAGGCUGGGGCGCUGCCGCGGGCCCUGCACGGUCACGCGGGGGCCGUCGGGGACCGCGGUGUCGUGUACAUCUCCGGGGGCAAGGCAGGGAGAGCCGAGGGCGGCACGAGCAGUUUGAGGGACGUGUACUCCCUAGGGCCCGGGGCUGGGGCCUGGAGCAAGAGGGCGCCUAUGGGCACGGCCCGCUUUGGGCAUCACAUGGCCGCACUUCGUGGCGCGGUCUUUGCCUUUCUGGGGCACUACGAGCCCUUCUCUGAGAUUGAGCGCUACGACCCGGGCACGGACCAGUGGACCCGGCUGCGGCCGCUUCCCUACGACCGCUUCUGCUAUGGGCUGGCGGUGGUGGAGGAGACGGCGCUGCUCCUGGGCGGCGUCAAGUGGCGGGACUCGCGCCAGGUGCCGACCCGCAACGUGGUGGGCUAUGACCUCGACCUGGACCGCUGGGAGGACAUCGACUGCGCGCUGCCUUGGGCCUGGAGCGGCCUGCAGUGCGCGGUGCUGCAGCUGCCCGAGGGUGCUGAUGAGGAGAGGGAGGGCGAGACUGGAGAGGCUCCAGAUGUCAUGUUGGGCUUAAGGGGUUAGCGCGGUCUCAGUUCCAAGGAGGAGAAAGUUGUGUCUGAGCAGGUUUACAGAGCAACGAGUGGGCUUGUCCUAAGAAUGGGACUCUGGGAACUGAGUGGCUUCUGAAGGUUAAGGGGGCAAAUAAGUGUUUGGCCAAAGAGGAACAUUUCCCUUUAAGCUGAGAAACGGAGACAGGAGGGGUCAAAAUGAAGGACAUGUGAACCAGCUUCAGUGAGCUAGUGAUUUCUAGAAAUUCUCAUAAUGCUGGGCCAGGGAUGGGCUUUCGAAAAUAAAAUAUGACCCUAUUUUUCUUCUCAUAGGUAAGUGUUUUCCUAGGUGCUAAACAGUGAUUACAUUUGUGCCAAAUUGCCAAAAAAGGGUACCAUAAGAAGGUAUACACAAGACCCAGAAAAUCAUUAAUUAUAAAGGCUGUAAUAAAUAGUCCAAGAAAAUGGCAUUAUCGGAAUAAACAGUGAAGGGAAAGUGCCUUGGUUAAAUAAGGAGAAAUAUGAUUUUAUGGUCUAGAACCUGGUUCUGCUGUAGUUUAAUAUAAAUAUGGAACUGAGAGGGAAAAAUGAUCUCUACGAAAGCACCUUUCAUUUUAUUUUUUUAUAAAAACAACCUGGCUUACUUUUUUUCUGUCCUUCAUCCUUACUUACCCCUUAUCUGCUUUUGCGCUGAAUUUAGGCAGUUUAUCGCUUUUAAGUUUUAUUUCAGCAACAAUUAGCCAUAAUAAUCAGGCUCCUUUGGUUAAGUGGGACAUCUAACAGAAACAAAACUUUAUUUCUUUCAUCCUUUUUAAAUGUUCAUUCUGAAGACAUGCUGUAGGUUAUAUUUUAAAAAUACAACUUAUUUUUGUGCCCCCCUCCUAAUUUCCCCAAAGUAUCACAGAGAAAGAAAGAGGAGUCGGUGAAAUGGUCAGUUUGCAUCAAGGAAAUGGGAAACCGGCUUGAUUUUACAGGGGUUCAGAGAAGAUGCUUAUAUACUGAACAGAUACUUCUGGCUUGUAUCACCAGUGGAGUGGCAAAG